AUGGCUUGCACUGAAGAGGAAAAUAUGACUCAGAUUUCAGAAUUUAUCCUUUUGGGUUUUGGGGAUCUUCAUGCUUUUCAGUUUCUUCUUUUUGUGAUAUUUCUGGUCAUCUAUGUGGUGACCCUAAUGGGCAACAUUGUGAUCAUAUUCGUGGUGUCAGUUGACCGCUCCCUUCACACUCCCAUGUAUUUCUUUCUUGGCCACUUCUCUUUCCUAGAGAUUGGCUACACCACUACUAUUGAGCCCCUGAUGCUGUGGACACUACUAUCAACUCAUGUGUCUAUUUCCUUACCAGGUUGUGCUUGCCAGUUAUAUUUUUUUGCUUCUCUGGUGGCUACUGAAUGCUUCUUUCUGGCUGUAAUGUCCUAUGAUCGCUAUGUAGCCAUCUGUAACCCAUUGCACUAUUCCAGCAUCAUGAGCCCUUGGGAUUGCUUACAACUAGCAGGUGCCUCUUGGGUGGCUGGAUUUCUAGCACCCAUCCUUCUCAUAGUUCUUAUAUUCCGGUUAACAUUCUGUGCUGCCAAUGAGAUUGAUCACUUCUUCUGUGAUUUGAAGCCCAUAAUGAAGCUGGCCUGCACCGACACUCAAGUAGCUGAGAUGACUUCUUUCAUAUGUACCUCAUUAUUUGCCCUUGGUCCCUUUCUGUUAACCCUGACAUCAUAUGCUCACAUCAUCUCCACCAUUCUAAGGAUUCCUUCUACCACAGGGAAGCAGCGGGCCUUCUCCACUUGUUCCUCUCAUCUUAUAGUGGUCAGUCUGUACUAUGGGACGCUGGGUAUUGUCUAUGGUUUACCAUCAGGACCUCAAUAUGAACACUUACUGAAAUUGCUUUCCCUUCUGUAUACAGUGCUCACCCCUGCCCUCAACCCUAUCAUUUACACCUUAAGAAACAAAGAUGUGAAUGUAGCUCUGAGAAAAUUGGUACAGUAA